AUGCCAAAUAACUGUCUUACAGUUAAGAAUCCUGAAGCCCAACAGCUUAUUAACCUUUCAUAUGUUGCAAAUACUGAAAAAAAUACUUUGAAAGAGGAGAAAAAUAUUACAAAGAUGUUAGAUCAGUUUGAUAACAAAGAAGAGCUUGAUGUGUUUCUGUGUUCAUUUAUUGGCUGGCUUACAAAGAAAGAUGAUAUGUCAUUUAAAGUUGAGUCAAUUCAUAAUUGCUAUGCCACAUUGGCAAGAUAUCUUAAUGAAAAUUCUGCUGUUGAAGAUAUUUUAGUAAUAGAAACUUCAAGUACAUUGGAUUUGAGUCAAGAAGAUCAAACAUCACAAACAGAUAAAUCACAGUUUAAGCAUCAAGACCAAGCAUCACAGAAAAAUAACAACCACUACUGUAAGCAUAUAAUUGAAAAUCUCAAAGAUGAACAAGUAUUAGCACCAAUUACCAAACAAUACAAAAAUGAACAAAUAUUAGCACCAACUACAAAUAAAGAGUAA